AAAGUACAUAAUAUAAGCCUCAAUAAAAUGUCGGAUUCUGACGAUAUGGACUCAUGUGAUUUUGCACAUAUUUCGGAUGCAGACGCUGGAACAGCUCCUGAACCGGAGCAAUUGGCACUUCUUCCACCCAAUCAUCCACUAUUGCGCAAAUUUCAACAGUCUUUAAAGGAGCAUCUUUUACGAACAAAAUAUGAAUUGGAAAACGAAAUCGCAGAAAUAAAAUAUCAAGUUAAACUGAAAGAACAACGGCGAGAAGAGCAGGGGUUGGCGUUAUAUGAUAUGCAACAAAAAAUGGGAUUUCAAGAAGAACAAAUUAAGGAUAUAUCUGCAGUUAUUGAGAAACAUAUUCAGAAUCGCCAAGUUGAAGAAUCAAUUGUAACUACGCUAAAAAAAGAAUACGACGAAAAAAUAAAGCUAGCUAAAUGCUUUAAGACUAUGUACCAAGAACGAAUGGCAGAACUUGAACAUUUACAAAGUUUGGGUAGUAAUAUAAAAAAAUGGGCUUUUGAUGUCGAAGAUGAAGUUAAAAAUGCGAAACGUAUUGUAAGCAGAGAUUCGCAGCUGCAAAACCAGUUAUCUCAAGAAAAAAGAAAAUCGGAUAUACUCUUUUACCGUUUGGAUAUGGAAGUUAAAAAAAGAGAAGCUGAACUGCAGUCAAUUUUCGAUGAAGAAAUUCAUAUGAAAGAAGUUGUUAAUAUUCUAAAUAUGAGCAUAGCAGAUGCCAAUACAGAUCUAGAAGUAUUGCAAAAUGAACAUAAGCGCCUUACACAAGCAUGGAGUGAGGUUAUUAUAGCAAUUCAACUAAGGGACAAAAUAUUAUUUCAAGUAAAAGAUACUAUAAGAAAGUACAGAGAGUCAAUAAAGCUAAAAGUAACUGGUAUUGAAGCUAUAAAGAAACAAAUUGGAAAGGAAAUGGAAUUAAAUAAAAAAUUGGACUCCUUCAAACAACGCUUAGCCGACGAUACCAACUCUUUGCGCCGUGACUGUAAGUACAACCAUUAAUUUCACAGGCCAACA